GCCUCAGUUAAGCGUGGCCAUUGACAACGCAUCAAGCAUCCGCCCUGCCGCGACGUGACCCAGCGUUCCCGUUUUGCGCGCCUAGAUACUGUGAUCCUCCCGACAUCUCGCCUCUAAACAGCAAACAAGCCUACCUCGGACGCUUCUUUGAAUACUCUAUUCAGCUACUCGAAGCUGAGCUGCAUUGAUCCACAUAAGACCCCAGCCAGCAUCCUAUCCACUCUCUCCAAAGUCCCGGGACUAUACACCUAGGCCCUGUGGUGAUCUCAUCUCACCUCUAGGCUCCCACACCAGUCGCAUUGCUUCUUGGACUGCACGCGAACCCUCCGCGCCCAACUCCCCCAAUUAUCACCUUUGGUACUGCACCGUUCUUCCGCCGUUGUCGGUUUGUGUAUUACCCAGGGUGCGCUAAGCUUGAGCACGGGCCUGUAAUACUCGACGUCAAAACCACCGACAGCCUCGUUCGCCCAACAUCACCAACAUCGCCAUCAUGACCGAAUACGCACAGUUUCAACAAUCCCAUCACGGACACGCGCCCGCGCACAUUCAGAGCUACGGCACCAAUCAGAGCCCUGCAGGCGGGAAUCCUUCCAUAACCUCACCUACGCAGCAGCAGAUGCAACAAUUCCAGCAGACAUCGCCCAUCUUGCCGUCACAAGGCUAUGGCCAUGGCGGCGCGCCGCACCCGCAACAUCCUCAGCAUCAUCAGCAAAUGAACUUUCCCCAGCAGCAGUACAUGGCGGGCAUGCAAAAUCCGUACCUGGCCUCGCAGCAGCAACAGCAGCAGCAACAGGCAGCAGCAAUGGCAACGGCAGCUGCGGCGGGUCCUGCCGGAUACUACGAUCAAAGCGCCAUCCCAGGCCAGCUGGCACAAGACCCGCGCGCAUCUCCACGCAUGUCCGUCUCUCAGAUGAAGAAUGAUGGACGUGUUGCUCCACGAUCCCCAACCAAUGUCAACAACGCUAUGAACAGUGCGCUUCCUUCGCAGGUUCAGAUGACGCCAACUCAGAUGCAACAAAGACGGAUGAGCACUCAAAUCAGCAGCCCUGCGAUGCAGCACCCACAGCCCGUCAUGAGCCACGGGGGUCCCCGACCUUCAGUGCCCCCGCAGAUGGCCCAGCAACCUCAGCACCAACAAUCGCCAGAGCUCGUAUCAGGGGGUCCCCAAGCCGAGGAAGCUCCCCUCUACGUCAACGCCAAGCAAUUCCACCGCAUCUUGAAGAGACGUCUUGCAAGACAAAAACUCGAAGAUGCACUCCGCCUGACAUCCAAGGGACGUAAACCGUACCUGCACGAGUCCAGGCACAACCAUGCCAUGCGUCGUCCGCGUGGUCCUGGCGGGCGCUUCCUUACUGCAGAAGAGGUGGCUGCCAUGGACAACGGUCAGAAAGGCGAAGGCGAAGACGGCAACAAGGAGAACGCAUCCAUGCCUCCCAAGUCUGGCAGCGCUGGACCGAAGCGCAAAGCUUCGUCUUCCCAACUCAAGGGAACACCAGACGUCAAGAAAAACAAGGCAGGUGCUGUACAGCGUCACAGCACUAGUGAGGAUGAUGAGGAGGACGAAGAUGAUGGUGAAGACGAUAGCUGAGUAGCUCUUCGAGCCAGUGGUUAUACUAGAAAGGGUC